AUGCCAGUAAUGACGUUGUGCCGAAAACUUGUUGACGUCAUCUGCGUCUCAGCUGACUCAGGUGAAGCAGAAGCUGACGUAGGUUCCGCUAGCCGUCGUAGCCGGAAGGAAGCGUGGACCGGAAUGGGUGGCGACAAGUCGUCAUCAGACGGUGACAUGUCGUCACCCACGGCUGGAACUCGUCGUGGGCGACUACGACACGGUACUUGGGCACAAUCAGCGCACACGUGCAGGUUGCAGAAGAUAUUCACCUCGUUACUGAAAAAGUUGAAGACUUUAUGA